AUGUUGGCCCCAAAUCACACCAUGGUGACAGAAUUUAUUCUCCUGGGACUCACAGACGACCCGGUGCAGGAGAGGAUUCUGUUUGGGUUAUUUCUGGCCAUCUACCUAAUCACACUGGCAGGGAAUCUGGGCAUGAUAGUGCUGAUCAGGACCAGCUCCCACCUCCAGACGCCCAUGUAUUUCUUCCUGGGCCACCUCUCCUUUGUAGACCUUUGUUAUUCCUCUAAUGUCACCCCACACAUGCUGCGCGACUUCCUCUCGGACCGCAAGACCAUCUCCUACAGCGGCUGCUUCGCGCAGUGUCUGCUCUUCAUCGCUCUGGUGAUCACUGAGUUUUACAUCCUGGCUGCGAUGGGCCUGGACCGCUACGUGGCCAUCUGCAGCCCUCUCCGUUACUCCUCCAGGAUGUCCCCGAACGUCUGCGCCUCCCUGGUCACCGCCACCUACGUGUUUGGCUUCCUGAACGGACUCUCCCAGGCGCUGCUGACCUUCAGCUUGCCCUUCUGUGGCUCCGCUGAGAUCAACCACUUCUACUGCGCGGAUCCUCCGCUUCUCCUGCUGGCCUGCGGCGACACCCGUGUCAAAAAGAUGGCCAUGUUCGUGGUCGCCGGCUUCACCCUGUCUAGCUCUCUGUUCGCCAUCCUUCUCUCCUACCUCUUCAUUGUCGCCACCGUCUUGCGGAUGCGUUCCGCGGAAGGCGGGCGCAGAGCCUUUUCCACGUGCGGUUCCCACCUGACUGUCGUCAGUCUGUUUUAUGGAACGCUCUUCUGCAUGUACGUAAGGCCUCCCUCGGAGAAGUCUGUGGAGGAAUCCAAAGCAAUCGCAGUCUUUUAUACUUUUCUGAGCCCAAUGCUGAACCCCUUGAUCUACAGCCUGAGGAACAAAGAUGUGAUCCUUGCCAUGCAGCAAAUGACUAGGAGAAUUUUCUUUCCUAAAAUGGCAGUUUAG